ACAGAGGGAGGACAGAGCAGGCAGCAGAGACCAUGGAGCCCCGCUCAGCCACUUCCCACAGAGCCCUUGUUCCCUGGCAGGGCCUCCUGCUUGCAGCCUCACUUUUAACCUCCUGGACCCCACCCACCGCUGCUCAGGUUACCAUUGAAUCUGUGCCUUUCUAUGCUGCUGAAGGGGGAGAUGUUCUUCUACUUGCCAAGAAUUUGCCAGAGAACAAUAGAGUCUAUAAGUGGUUUAAAGGUGACAGGUCUGAGUCCACCAAAGAGAUUGCAUCAUAUGUGGUAGAAACUAGCACUGCCACUCACGGGCCUGCAUACAGCAACCGAGAGACAAUAUACCACAACGGAUCCCUGCUGUUCAAAAACCUCACCCUGCAGGACUCAGGAGUCUACACCCUCCACAUCAUCAAGGAGGAUUAUCUGAGUGUUGAAGCUUUUGGACAAUUCCGGGUACUCCGCCCAGUGUCCAGCAUGAUCUCCAAGAGCACCGGAAACCUGUCUCGAACCCUG